GUGGUCGACACCGUUUCAGCCACCACAACUGCCAAUGUCAACAGCGUCGAGACAUACCUCGCUACAAUCAUUGAGUCCACAACAACUACCACCGAAGUCUCGACCUUCACCGUGACUUCUAGCCUGACAGCGGCGACAGGGACGGGCACUUCGGCCGCCAAAACCACUGUGGUUGUCACUACAACUUCUCUCUCGACAACAACCAUCCCUGCCGUGAACGUCAAACGCCAGGCCGCUCCUUCAACCCUGGUCUCUGCCUUGGUUCGCUCGUCGUGGGAAAAGUAUGUGUCGGCUUGCUCAUGCGCCGGGUAAUCGUCACCACGGUCACCGCAUCAGUAUCGACCGGGACCGCGACGGUGUUGACCGUUGAUACCUCUAUCUCCUCCGCCGUGUCCACUCUCAUCCUCGAGAUUGACCAAACAGUGUCGUUGACUGCGAAGACAUCGACCACCAAGACGGACGUGCUGUCUCUCACCGCGACGACGGCCACAACAGUGACAGACGUUUCGUCUACGACGACGACAGUAGCCACGGUUACGACGGCGACGGCCGCAUACGCCACUAACGUCACCCCGUUCAAGGCGCAGGCGACUGAAUACCAGAACACAGCGCUGCAAAUCUUUGCUCAGUCCACGAGCACCUUGGGCGGUACCUUGACGUGGGCGGCACCCUCGCCAGCCCCCGGCGCAUCAGUCCAGAGCCGGUUCAUCUGGGGCUUGGACUCGGCCGGCCACGUCUAACUCACCAACCCCGUCCCCUCCUUCCCAUUCAUUUACUAUAUGUACAUCUCCAUUACGGCCCCUGGAUCCGUAGCCG